CAGACUCCCUCUCCCUCUCUCGCUCUCUUUUGCACACACGCAGCCUGUCCGGUAGGAUGGGACCAGACCAGUAGCCACAUAUCCGUGCACGCCUGACCGCUAGUCUACUUCCUGGAUGGAAGAAUGGGACAUUUCCAGCACCACUUUUCUGCUUCGGGCUUCGUCUCGCUGACGCCGCGGAUAAUCACUUAAUAAUGACCGCAUGUAGUCAAUAUUAUUCGAUCACUUUUUUUCUCUCCCCCCUUGCUUCUUCCUCCUGUAGUUAAAUACCGCGAUUGAUCGCCGAUUGACCUCGCUACACUUCGGGAAUGUCGCUAUCUGGAAGCCCGCAGCUGCACACACGGAGGAGUCCAACAACAGAUUUUGAACUGUUUUUGCACAGCCAUAGCGUGCGUAACGUUUUAUUCCUCGAAGCUAAGAGCAGCCUGUGCUCAGACCGGAGGCGAAAAUUUUUGUCUUUUUAAAAAAGGAAAAAAGGGGGGGAGGAAGAAAAAGCAGUGACUGUGUCCUGACCGCCAACCAUUACUUUGAUGCUCUGCCUUCGUGGCCACUGUGCCAACUUCGUUUUAGCUUAGGUGGUGUGCGUGUGAGUGAUUUCUGUCUCUCUCUCGCUUUCUCUGGUUGUUCUCUUUUUUUUAAAGAAGAAGAAAAAGACAAACUUUGUCACCCGUUGCCUUCUUGCUGCUCUCGAUGAGUAGACUAACAUGCGGAGAAUACGGGAACCGAGUUACUGGUGGAUUUUAUCCUUAAUGUUUUUAACCUUGCCCAAACACAAAGACUGUCAGCCUGUCGCGUCGGGUCACCACACUGGAGGCAACCAUUAUGGAGGCACAGGCGUAAUGAGGGAGAGGAGGACAGUUGAUGACCCCUACUGGUCCUAUUCAGGAAGCCAUGGACCUCGAGGCUGGGCAGCCUUAUACCCAGAAUGUGCCGGAAACAACCAAUCACCUGUGGACAUUGCAGAUGAACAAGCUCAGAUUUCUCAGGAGUACCUGAAGCUGGAGCUUGACAAGUUCAACACAGAGUCCUCCAACCAGACCACGAUGAAGAACACUGGAAAGACAGUUGCUAUACUCCUGAAGGAUGAGUACUUUGUAGCUGGGGCUGGACUGCCAGGGCGCUUUAAGGCUGAGAAGAUGGAGUUUCACUGGGGCCAGAGUAAUGGAUCAGCAGGCUCAGAACACAGCAUAAAUGGCAGAAGGUUCCCUGUAGAGAUGCAGAUCUACCUUUACAAUCCGGAUGACUUUGACAGCCUCAGUGCUGCCAUUAAGGAAAGACGCAUCGUUGCUGCCAUGGCCAUCUUCUUCGAGCUGGGGCAAAAAGACAACCCAGCUGUGGACCCCAUCAUCCAGGGAUUGAAGGGAGUCGUGCAUCAUGAAAAGGAGACCUACCUCAGGUCGUUCGUCUUGAGGGAUCUGCUGCCAUCGUCGGUGGACAGUUAUUACAGAUACACCGGCUCUCUGACCACUCCGCCCUGCAGCAAGGUAGUGGAGUGGAUCAUCUUCUCCAGGCCUGUGUAUCUGUCCCACUCACAGCUGGAGGCUUUCUACUCCAUCUUUACAACAGAGCAACAGGACCACGUCAAGUCUGUCGAGUACCUGUGGAACAACUUCAGGCCCCUGCAGGACCUGGGCAAUCGCAAAGUUUUUAAGUCGGCUGUAGAAAAUGCAUGGCAGAGGGAUUUGACCGAGAUCCUGGGAAGCCCUCAUAGCACCGAGGCUUCAAAAGUGUGCAGCAGUGCCCCAGUGAGCAUGAAGAUCCAGCCGCUAAACCAGACGGCAUUGAUGGUGAGCUGGGAACGCCCUCUGACAGUCUACCACCCACCUAUCACCAGUUACAUGGUCUCCUACAGCUGGGUGAAACGUGAUGUCGCUGAUGAAAAGACCUUCACCAAGACCGGGGAUCAGAGCAUGAAAGCAGUCAUCACUAACGUUUCUCCUGACAUCCUGUACCUGUUCAGAGUGCAGGCAGUGUGUCAACAUGAUCUGCGCAGUGAUUUUAGCCAAACACUGUUGUUCAGAGCUAAUACAACAAGAAUUUUUGAAGGAUCUCGAAUUGUGAAGACUGGGAUGCCCACAGUUUCUCCUGCGUCCUCAGCAGACAUGGCUCCAAUCAGUUCUGGUUCCUCCACGUGGACGUCCUCUGGUAUCCACUUCUCCAUUGUCUCCAUGGCAACAGGGAUGGGCCCCUCUUCUAGUGGCAGCCAGGCCACGGUGGCAUCGGUAGUGACGAGCACCUUGCUGGCAGGCUUGGGUGUCGGCGGAGGGGUCAUCUCCUCCAUGCCCAGCUCUGUUUGGCCCACGCAGGCGCCUCAAGCCACUCAGAACCCCACUCGUCCAUCCACCGCGCCCGCAAAGUCCAACAACGAGCAGACGCCACCUCAGGGCUCCGAGACAGACAACGCGUCUGAGGAGAAUAAUGCUCCGCACGAGGGUGAAGAGGAGGGGGAGGAAGGCGAGAAAGAUGGGGAGAAGGAGGAGGAGGAAGAGCAGAAGAAGAAGAAGGAAAAGACUGGAACUGACAAUGGGGAGAAACAAGCAAACAGCACUCUGGCCAAAAAACCUUUAACCCCCACCCCCGCAUCCACAGCCAAAGAGAAAGGAGAAGGGAAACCUACAGUUAAAGGCACCACAGUACCUCCGAGCACUGGUGAAGACGUGGAGAGCAACCCUACAGGUGUAAACCCAGUGUCCACUCAGGAGCCGCGUAAUAGCAGCGUAAAGACGCAAAUUCCCAAGAAUUUACCUACAAAGAUCCCCACUGAAAAUGAAAAUGCAAACAGCUGGCCUUUCUCUGUCCACACUGACAGAACCACCAUGUCCAAUGGGAUGCCGCCACCUCACCCGGGGAUGGGCAGGAUGGUGUGGAUUGUCCCCUUGGUGGUGGUCUCUGCUCUCACUCUGCUGUGCCUCAUCAUGCUGCUAAUUGUGAUGGUCUACUGGAGGAGAUUUUUCCAGACAGCUCACUUUUAUGUGGAGGAGAGCAGCUCUCCACGGGUGGUGGCCAAUGAGAAUAUCCCAGUCAUCCCUAUACCAGAUGACAUGGAGGCCAUCCCUGUUAAGCAGUUUGUGAAACACGUCAUGGAGCUCUACAAAAACAACAUGCAGGGUUUUGCUGAGGAGUUUGAGGAGGUCCAACGCUCCACAGCCGACCUGAAAAUCACAGCAGAACAUUCCAAUCAUCCUGACAACAAGCACAAAAACAGAUACAUCAACAUUGUGGCCUACGACCACAGCCGGGUGAAAUUACGGGCUUUGGCAGGAAAAGAUGCCAAACAUUCGGAUUACAUUAAUGCCAACUAUGUGGAUGGCUACAACCAGCCCAGAGCUUAUAUAGCUGCUCAGGGCCCUCUCAAGUCUACAUUCGAGGACUUCUGGAGGAUGGUGUGGGAGCAGAACACUGGAGUCAUAGUCAUGAUCACGAACCUUGUGGAGAAAGGAAGAAGGAAAUGUGACCAGUACUGGCCAACAGAGAACAGCGAGCAGUAUGGAAGCAUCGUGGUGACCCUGAAAAGCACCAAAGUGCACGCUUGCUACACAUUGCGCCGUUUCCUCAUUAGGAACACUAAAGUUAAAAAGGGGCAGAAGGGGAACCCGAAAGGGAAACUAAAUGAGCGCAUUGUGGUCCAGUAUCACUACACUCAGUGGCCUGACAUGGGAGUACCGGAGUACACCCUUCCUGUCCUCACCUUCAUCAACCGCUCAUCUGCAGCUCGUGCUGCAGACAUGGGCCCUGUCCUGGUGCACUGCAGUGCAGGCGUGGGGCGCACCGGAACAUACAUUGUCAUUGACAGCAUGCUGCAACAAAUCAAGGACAAAAGCACAGUCAGCGUCCUGGAUUUUCUCAAACAUAUCCGCACACAACGCAACUACCUAGUCCAGACUGAGGAGCAGUAUGUUUUCAUCCACGAUGCUUUAAUGGAGGCUAUCCUGAGCAGAGAGACGGAGGUGCCCGCCUGGCAGCUUCACAGCUAUGUCAACAGCGUCCUUACACCCAACUCAACAGGCCGCACACGGCUGGAGAAGCAGUUCAGGCUGCUGACUCAGUGCAACACACGCUUUGUGGAGUGCUUCAGCGCCCACAAAGACUGCAACAAGGAAAAGAACCGCAAUUCCUCAGUGGUUCCCUCGGAGCGAGCAAGGGUUGGACUCGCCACUCUGCCUGGCAUGAAAGGAACAGAUUACAUUAAUGCAUCCUACAUAAUGGGCUACUACAGGAGCAAUGAGUUCAUCAUUACCCAGCAUCCUUUGCCUCAUACCACCACAGACUUCUGGAGAAUGAUUUGGGACCAUAACGCUCAAAUUAUUGUCAUGUUGCCCGACAACCACGGCCUGGCUGAGGAUGAAUUUGUUUACUGGCCGAGUCGCGAAGAGGCCAUGAACUGCAUCGCCUUCACUGUCACACUCAUCAGUAAGGACAGACUGUGCCUCUCCAACGAGGAGCAGAUCAUCAUCCAUGACUUCAUUCUAGAGGCCACACAGGACGAUUACGUUCUGGAGGUGAGGCAUUUCCAGUGCCCUAAAUGGCCAAACCCUGAUGCCCCUCUCAGCAGCACCUUCGAGCUCAUUAGUGUCAUCAAGGAGGAAGCCAUGACUCGAGAUGGCCCCACUAUUGUGCAUGAUGAGUAUGGAGCAGUGUCAGCAGGAAUGCUCUGUGCCCUCACCACGCUGUCCCAGCAGCUGGAGAACGAGGGUGUUGUCGACAUCUAUCAGGUGGCUAAGAUGAUCAAUCUCAUGAGGCCAGGAGUCUUCACUGACAUAGAGCAGUACCAGUACCUUUACAAAGCCAUGCUCAGCCUGGUCAGUAACCGAGAGUGUGGCCUGAGCCCCAUGCACAUGGACAUUAAUGGGGCGGUGGUGAUCGCAGACGAGUCGGACCCCGCAGAGAGCAUGGAGUCGCUCGUCUGAGGACAUUCUUACAGGCACUUAAUUUGUAAAAAUCCGAGAACAUUUCUGAGGCCUUUUUGCCAGACUAUUGAUUAAAAUGAAUAACCUUAUUACUUUUUAUACUGAUAAAAGUUUUUUGAUAUUUAUGUUUUUGUCCUUUAUUUCUUGUCUUAAAUGUUAUCCUGCUGAGCGUUUGCACCUGUUUUAAUUUGACACGAGGAAUAAGCAGCUCUGUCCAGUUUGCACUAUACUAUCAGUGUUACUGCCUAAAAUCCAGUGAGCAAAAGUAUGACAUCAUUAAAUCCUGGCAUCGCGAGGAAACUCGGAUCUUGGACCGCGCUGAGACAAACGCGAGGCACGAAGGCCGGGAUGCGCUGAAGCGAUCCGCUUCCUGAUUGUCUCGAAACAAAACUUCACUUCAUUUUACAAGCAUGAAUUAUGUCACUUUAUCACUUCAGUCAGACUAACUGUUUUGAGGCUCCGCUCCACAGGGGUGAAGCUUUUUAUCUCGUGAAGAGACUCACACCUGCCUAUAUAUUAUUUCCCCAGUAUCUCACUGCUGUCUUGUAAAAUGUACCUAUGGCUUAUUUUGUUAAAGUGUGUUACAACAUCUAAUGUGAACAUUUAUUGCUUUUUACAGGGAUUUAUAUUGUUAUAUUGUUAAAUUGUUUUGUAAUAUAUAUAAAUAUAUCUAUAAAUAUUAUAUCCCUAAUAGCCAGCCAAUGAUUGUUUUGUUUUUUUCUUAUUUGUCCACCUGCCUUGGUGUAAACUUACUUUUUUUUUCUUCUUUUUUUUUUUAAAUAAAUGGAGAUCUGUAGCUUGUCAUGUAUUGCCUACAAAUCUCCAGCUGUGUUUUUCUUUUCUUUCUUUUUUUUUCUUUUUUUCCAACAUUUCUUUGAGCUUUUCUAACCCAAGCGGUCCAAGCUCAGCUGUUAAACAUCUGUACCAACAAAAUGUAAUUGCUCUACAUCAUUUUUUUUUUCUCCAUGUGUUUUUGCAAUGCAGUGGAUGUAACGAGAAUUUAUUUUUGACGCUGAUCAACACCAAAAUUGAAUAAAUGAAUAAAUAAAAUUCACGUCAAAGUGAAAACAACUGGCAGCGGAUUAGUCUUCAACAUUUAAAAAUCCAAAUCCCACAUUUUUCUGCACAAACGUUCAAGGACUUCAAGGCCACAUUCACAGAGGGAUCUUUGGCAGCAUGUAGAAGUUGGUUGGGUUGAGUCAUUUGAGGAUAUGUGCACAUCAGUUUUGUGGAUAAAGAUACUGCAGUUUUGUUGUCCUUUAUAAUCCUGCCAAGCUGAUGUGAGGAAACUGCCAGUUUUUCAAGACUUAAUCUGGACUCUCUCUCCCUCUCUCUCUGUCUCUCUCUCUGUCUCUCUCUCUGUCUCUCUCUCUGUCUCUCUGUCUCUCUCUCUACAUAUAGAUAUAUAAAUAAAUCAAAAUAAAAUAUGGUGCAUGCCUGAGCUUGAGAUGUGGAGGUGAGCCUUACAAGCAUAAGGUUUGUGGAAGCCCUUCACAGAAAGUAGGCAGAGGGACUUCGAGACAGGAGCUAAAAGAGGAUAAACUGAGGCUGUUUUAAACUGUGAAUCAUUCAAGGCUGCUCCAUUAGAGUGCCACAAUAAAAAAGAUGAAGCAGGAAAUGAGUAGAAAUUGCUCUCAAUUAAGGAAAUUCAUGCUUUAUAGUUCAUUGUUUUACCCAAUUUUACCACAGAGGAGAAUCCCCGCCAGGCGUCCUGGUGAAGAUGUUAUUCAGUGCCUUGUUCAGAUGUUUUUGGGUUUUGUUUGGUUUUUUUGGGGUUUUUUUUUGAAUAGUUAUCUUAGAUAGUUAUCUUUGUUCGUAAUGAAGUUAUUGCAGGAAAAUGGAACUAGGACUUGGACUUCAUGGGACUGAAAUUGCUCAAUGUACUGUCAUCACAAAGUGGAUUAACUUAUGAAAGGAUGGACUAUUUAGAUUUUAUUAAAAGGGGUGAAUGUGUUUGCAAAUUAAUCGAUCUGAAUCUACAUUCAUAUAAAGACAUAUUGAUAUGGGUCAUUUUUCUCCCGCUGUUGAUCAGUGUCAAAAAAAAUUGUUACUUCCAUUUAAAAUUGUAAACAAACACUGAAAAAAGUCAAAUUAGGUGAAAUCUUUCUGUGGGGGAGGGGUGAUGCUUUAUUUGUAACCAAAGAUGUGGUCCCGCUUUGGAACAUGUUAUUGGUUUUAUCCUGAGAUCUAUUAAACCAGAUAGAAUUUGAAAUCCAUAUUGUUAAAUCUCGCAGAUUUCCACUGUGGAAAGUGUGAACUUAUCCUUUGAGCAUGUUUCACUUCUAGCCUCAAACUCGCCUUCCACAAGCUCAAGAUCAAAGACAUGUGUGACGAGGUUUCAAAUUCCGACUGUAAAUUGUAUUUUAUCUGGACUUUACUGCGUUAGUUUGGAACUGUAAUUAUAACCCAUUUUCAACCCUUAACAUUCCUCUCUUGGUUGAUUUUUGUGUUUUCUGUGUUUUAAUUUGAUUUUUUUUAACAUAUAUAUAUAUUUUUAAAUUCAUCUGAUAACAUCGAUUUCCUUUCCACCCGGGAGUUUGCUAAAUCCAUUGAAACCCCUCUGACAUUUGGAGAAACAUCAAAACUCCACAUGGAAACUUUUUUUCAUUUUUAAAUUUUCACCUCGUGUUGGUGUGUGUGUGUGAGUGUGAAUGCCAGCAUCUUUCUCUGCUCACAUUUGAAACACAAGUGCUGUAGCUUCACGCAUUUACUUAAAAAGGAAAAAAAAAAAUCUGUAACCUUUGUGAUCAUAGAAGUUUAUAUUUUCAUACAAAGAUUUGGUUUGUACAGAGGACCUGUAACAGAUUGUACUUUUGUGAAAACACCUCAGCAAAACUCCAACAAACGAAGCUGCCCUCCUGAGAUCCGCCAUGACGAUUUAGAUCAGAUAUCAGAUAUGUUGGUCUCGGAUCACUUCAGCUACGCUGGUCAUUAACUCUAAUCUGUAACUUACGAAAAUUCAAAAAAAAAAAAAAAAAGGUUUUGUCAGUCACAUUACGUGUUUAUAUGACAGUAUCAUAGUUAUUCCUAUGAUGCUAUUAUAUACCAUAUUAUAAUAUACUGUCAUUUAGGUAAAUUGUAUUGCUCUGCAUUGAAUAAAGUCUGGCUUUGGGUGCACUGCAUCCUUGUAUUACAUGAAGUAUGGAAAAUAAAAUAAGGAACCUGCUCUCCA